AGCUCUAAACAAAAGAAAAAGAAAAAAAUUACGGCAGGAUUGCGAGCAAUAUUCGAUUUAUCCGUUCGGAGCAGCAUUGAGACGCCCCCGGAAAGCCAACUACGGCGGAGCCCAGUCCGGAGUUGCAGUGUUUCCUUUCAGCGGAUCCGCAGCAGUGCCUCCUGCCCCACAGCUUUCCCCCCAGAAAAAGCAGCGACUCUGCCUCUUCCUCAUCGCCCUCCCCCUGCCCCCGCCCACGCUGCCAUCGCCCCCCUCAAGGCCCCGCCCGCAAACCACGCACCCCGCUGUCCCGCCCCCGCCUGCAGCUCGGCAGGCUUAAUCAGCAAAUCAACAAACGAAAACGGAAGCUAGACGAAGGACAGCAGCUCCUCCUGUGAGUAAUCCGGAAGCUGGAGCAGCAGAAGCGUGGAUCCUCAUCCAUCCGGCGGCUGAGCGAUGCAGUAUAGGCCACCAUGGGUUCGCAGACCUUGGAGAUUUUGCGCCAGGGCGUGUGGGCCUCGCUGACGGGCGGCUACUUCUACGAUCCGCACCAAGGUGUUUUCUGCAACGUGGUGCACCUUUACCUGUGGCUCUACCUGCUCUGCUCGCCCUUCGUGGCCUACCUGUACUUUCCGAGCACUUGGUUGACAUGGUGCCUGUACUGCGUGAUAACCAGCUUAACCAUUAUGAUGGUGAAGCUGGCCAAUCUGGCGCUGCACCGGCUGUACGAUCGCGCCCAAACCAUGUCCGAGGUGAACCUCAAGGGGCAGUUCUUCAAGGUUACCAAGGAGACGGAACCGCGCCACGACGACGAGGGCGGCAUCGAGAUGAAGGUCAUCCGGCCGGGUGGCUCACGAAUCUCCGUGGAGCAGGCCAUCAACGAGGCCAGCGAGGAGAACAGCAUCAUGUCCAUCGACAAUGUGAACAGUAUCAUUGAUCUCAAGGUCGAUGUGCAUCGCAAAAACAGCUCCGAGUCCAUCGAGCUGAUGCUCUACGCCCCCUCCAUGCUGUCCGGCGGCAGUCAACAGGAUCAGCAAUCGCUGGCCGGUUCCGCCAGUGUCAGCAAGUCCAUCCGGAGCACGGGACCGGGCGGGAACACCUCCACCAGCGCCGCCGCACAGGCGGAUCUCUUCAACAAGUACCUCACCGUCUACUCGGAGGUUGUGGAGGCGGCUGGAAGCAGUGCGGGCAGCGCCGAUGGUGGCAGCAGCGGCGGCGACAGCAGGUCCGGCGGAGCAGUCGGUGCGCUGGGUCCUGCAGGAGCGGGAACGGGAACAGCGCCCGUUCCGCACGUCCGGACGGGACAUCUAUCGCGCAAGUGUUCCGAGGUCUUUAGCCGCCGACAGCGAAGACGCCUGGAGCGCCAGAGCAGCCUGGACACGGCGGCAGCCGCUGCCAACUCCAGCGUAGAGCACAAGUUAAUGCGCAACCAGUCGGACACGAUAGCCACGGCUGCGCCAUCGUUCCUGCACUCCCAGCCGACGAACAAGGCGCGGGGCCAGGCCAAUCCGCGCCAGCACUUCAUAGCCAGCACACCGUCGGCGGCAAUGGGUGGUGGAGAUGCAUCCUCCUCCUCCACCGCCGUCGUGGUCAUCGCCCCUGCCUCGAAUCCUGCGGCGAAUCCCGGACGCUCCUCGCGUCUGCAGCGCCACAGAAGCUCGGAAACGCACGACGAGCGGUUAAAGCACCAGAGUCGCGGCGGUCUUUUCCAGCCCGUUCUGCAACUGCCGCAUCACAGUGCGGCCAGCAGUAUCGGAGCGCUGGCGGUGAUCGGCGGUGGAGGAGGCAGUGGCGGCGCCAACGAUGUGGAGGACAUGGAACUGGGCCUGGCAAGGAAUGCAGGCAGCGGUGGAGUGGCCGACGCCUGCAGCCGGGCGCUGCAGUCCUGGAUAUUAGAUCCCUUUCCGGAUGUGUACCUGGAGGACGAUAGCUACACCAAAUCAGAUCUGGGCAUCGAGCAGCCCCACCAGCCGACUUUCCGCGCCCAGCAUCACCACCAUCAUCACCACCACCACCACCUGCAUCAUCACCUUGGCGGUGCGAUCAUCCGCAAGGAUCCCACGAGCACAAUGUCUGCACUUCAGCUGGCAGGAGGCGCUCCGCCGGGAACGGGAGGAUCGGGAGCAGGUGGAAGUGGAACAACAGGAGGAGGCGGCUCUGCUGCCGGGAUGAAGCGACGCAGACAUUCCAACGCCACCAACUACAAACACGGUUCGGGUCAAGGCAACAAAAACUCCCUGGUGAGUGGUGGAGGACCCAGAGGCCCGGUCGGAGAAGCGGGGACAGCAGGAGGAAGUGGAGGAGCUGGCGGAGUGAGGCGCAUUAAGAGCGCCGCCUUGGAGGUACUUUGCCCGCAGCCCUCUGUAUCUAAUCUCAGUCCGCAUCCGAACAGCGUGGAGGCCAUCUCGGGGCAACAACAGAUGCGGAAUCCCCUGCCCCCGCCCAGCAAGAGUCUGGUGCGGAACCAGCACCUAAAUCUGUAUCCCACGCAGAGCUUUGGCGACGCAAAUCCCGCCGCUGGAGGCGGAGCGCCUGGUGGCGGCAGCACCUGUAGCAGCCUCUUCUUUGGCAGCUCCAGCGCUUGCGGCUCCACAACGGCACUGAUUGAACCUCCAGUAUACCCUAUAGUGGAGCACUCAGACGAGAAGACGGCGCUCGAGGAGCAUGCAGACGUUUGCUUGGGAAUCGGCCAAGGCAACGCUGACGAUGACGACGAGGUGGACGACGUUCCAAUCCGGAGGAGAACGAGGGCGUUGGGCUGCAGCCAAACGCACUACAGCGCCGAAUCGGAUGUGGGCGGAUUUCUGGCUGACGACGACGCCGCCGACGAGGAUGUGUUCAAAGAUUUCGACGACAACCUGGACCACAUCCUUAGCGAAAUGCAGCAGGAGCACAAUCAGCUGGACGACGUGCUGAAAAGCCACGAUCUUCUCCACUCUCAUUUGCACCACCAGCUCCACAAAGGGACACCAGUGGAGGGUGCAGGAUCGACGGGAGGAGCCGUGCCAGUAGGAGUUAGUGGCGGAAACGAUGACGAAGACGAGGAGACGGAGGACAACAACACGGGGUCGCGAUCUCCGCUGCUCAGCGAUCGGAAUCGCCAGCAGGCGACGCUGCGCGAAAUCCAAGCGGACAAGCAACUUCGCCAGGAUCUAUCACACCAAUCUGUGGCCGCUGUCCCAGCCCCUAUUCCUCCCGUUCCCAUUCGCAGCGAGGCGGAUUCGGGCUGCCCGUCCAGCGAUUGCGAGCAGGUGAGCGCCAGCUCCAAAGAUCAGCUGCUGGCUGGAAUAGAGUCGGAACAGCAACAGCAUCUGCAGCCGCAGAGAUGCCAACUGGACGAGGAACAACCCUGCACCUCAAAAAUGGCUGCCAAGAGCCUGGGAGCCAUCCCGAAGGUGGUGAAGUACCGGGAAGUGGAUGAACUGAGGCGGAGACGGAGAGGCGGCUCCCCCGCGGAUGCGGGAGAGUUGAGCAAUGAGUUCGCACUGGUCAAGCAGACCAAGCUGACCUCGCGCAACUCCUCCUCCUCGAACUCGACGCACAGCAUCAGCCUGACCGACAGCUUGACCGCCGACAUCCACAAGAUGCUCUGGCUGAUGCACGGCGGAGCGGUGGACGAGCGGGGCCGACCCAUCAUGGGCAUCUCGGCGGACGGCACUCCGAUCCCGGCGAGCAGUAGCUUGGCUCCGCCGAACAUGUCCAAUGCACACUUCCAGUUCUACCAGGACGCCAUUCAAGCGCUCCAGGGUGCCCAUCCCACCUCCGGCUCCAGUGUGGAGCACAUGACGAACAUUGAGCGGGCGUUGGCCAGGGAUAAGCUGCGUCUGGAUGCCAAGUUGAUGUGCGAGCAGCUGGCAGCGGCGGCGGAGGCCAACUCCGGAGUCCGGGGAAACACGCUUGCCACCCAGCAGAUGACGCAACAUCAGGUGGGCAUGCUGAUGCGCGGGGGCUCCAGCUCGCGGCAUCCAUCCAGCGCCCCCUUCUCGGUCCAAGGAUUGAUCAGUGUGAUCCGUAACGAGCGCCAGGUGGCGCGCAGCCAAUUGGACGCACUGCAGCAGCUAAGCGAUGCGGCAGCUGCUGUGGCCAACGCCAGUGAAGCUGCCUCCGUUUCUGUUUCGGGAGCCGGUGGCGGAGCAUCGAGCGCCGGCGGAGGAGUUUUAAGCGCCCUGGGGCUGGCCAAUCAUCCCAGCAACCAAAUCAGCCAAAUCAGUCAGAUCAGCCAGAUGAGCCAACCCAUGCUGAAUGUAGACGGCCACUUUGCACCCUACUGCGACUACUGGAGGCCAGCGUGCCACCUUUCUGCUGCGGAAAAGCCAGCGGUGCCAAAGAGUUUCUACAAAUACCGGUUCAAGUGGUGCGGCCAGGAGCACGAGUUCAAGAUCGCCAUGGACCGGCUGGAGCUUCUGGCCCUAUUCGACCGGGAUCUCCACUGGAUGCACGUGCUCCUGGCCAGCCUGCUGUGCACGAUGGUGGCGUGCCUGGGAGCGGCGAUCCUGCAGCACGAUCACUACAAGGAUCUGUGUGCCCUGCUCUUCUGCGCGGUGAUUGCCGGUGCUCAGUACUCGCUGGUGAAGAGUGUCCAGCCGGAUGCCGCGUCGCCGGUGCAUGGAUUCAACAAGACGGUGGCCUAUUCGCGGGCCAUAUACUUCUGCCUGGGCGGCGGCUUGCUGCUCCUCCUCAAGCGUUUGGAUACGGACUACGGGGAACGGCCGCCGGACCCAGUGGUGUUCUUUGGCAUGCGCUACUCGCCCGCCGACGUGGUGGCCCUCCUGCUACACGCGCUCUACAUCCUGCUGCUGUGCUUUCCCAUCAUCUUCUCGGUGGGACUGUGUCCGCAGAUCAACACGUUCCUUAUGUACCUGCUGGAGCAGAUCGACAUGCACGUCUUCGGUGGAAAUGCUGCUAGCAGUCUACUGGGCUCCUUUUUGUGCGUGGUGAGAUCGGUGCUGGCUGUGAUGCUGCUCUACGGACCUCUGUAUGGAGCACUGGACGAGCAGCGGGGCACGCAGUACAUUCUGUUCUCCAUCUUCUGCGCCAUGCUCGUGCCACUGGGCUACCAUCUGUCCCGCUGUGCCAGCGACUUUAGCCACCUGUGGCGUCUGAUCAAGACGUGCAUUGUGAGCACGUAUCGGGACGAUGAGGACGAGGAUCUCAGCCAUGUGCAGCAGGUUGCGGCGGCUGGAACAGUUACCAGAGCAGGGACUGGCAAUAGCACUUCCCUUCAGUUGGCCACCAGCACACCGAAGCAGCGCAGGCAGACGGAUUCGAAGGCGGAGCAGGAGCAGAUCGAGCUGAGCUCGCUGGAGAAGCUAGCCGCCACUGAGGAGCAGCAGGAAAGGGAUCAGGGCGCGGAUGACCAUCUAGAGCCCGAACAGGACCUGCCCCUGCAGCAGAAGCACAGCAAGUCGAAGGCCUCGUCCUUGGGCAGCAGCCAGCAAACCCUGGCCAAGACCAUCAGCAGCAGCAAGAGGGCCAUCACAGCCUCCAGCUCGUGCACCUCCAUUGGAGCAGGAGAGGCAGCGACAGAGGCCGGAGUGGUGGCCGGAGAGGGGGCGGAGGGCGAGGACCAGCCGGGUGAUCUUCUGGCCAGCGAGGAAGCCAGCAAGCACGAACUGGCGGAAGCCUACGACCAAGCAGCCAAAGCCGAUGAGGGCGAUGACAAGAUCUCCAGCUCAUCAGCCACCAAUCCCGGUGACGUGUCGACAUUGACAGCGGGAGCGGGCACAGCAACUACAGAUGCCACACCUGCCUGCCUGGAGGCAGAUCCGGACGUGGAAGGAGAGGCUGCCGCCGAUGAAAAACAACAGGGAAAUCUGGGAACGGGAACCGGAACCACCGAGGCCAGCGAAAACAGCAGUGGCGCCGGCGGUAACGGCAACGCCAAUGGAAGUGGGACUGGCAGUGACCUUCCCGAUCCGCUUCCCCGAAAACUGCAGGCCACCGUGACCACUCGGCUGAAGAACGACCUGGUGGUGAUGACCCUUCUGGCGGUCAGUGUACUGGGGCUGCACUGCAGCACCGUGUUCACCGCCCUGCAGCCGGAUCUUAACGUGGUACUCUACUCGUUCAUCGGCGUACUGGGACUCCUGCUGCACUACAUCGUGCCCCAGAUGAGGAAGCACAUGCCCUGGCUUUGCUUCGCCCGUCCACUGCUCCGGCAGCGUGAGUUCGGCCAGUUCGAGGUGCUCAACGCCCCCAAGAUCAUGUGGUUCGAGAAGCUCUACAUUUACCUGAGUGUCCUGGAGCGGAACGUGCUCUUCCCGCUGCUAGCCAUCUCCUCGCUGACGGCGGACUCGCAGCUGAUUGUGGCCAAGUUUGGAUUGCCCUGGGGCACCCUCAUUGUGGCCAUUUGCGCUCUGAAGUUUGUGAGGAACGCCUACUCGGAUCCGACCAACCAGUACCUGAUCAUCAUUUUCACGGUCUUACUGUUCCGCAUCGACUUCGCCAUGGCCACAGAGACCUUCAUCAUUGACUACUUCUUCGUGUCGCUGGCCUUCCGCAAGUGCUGUGACUUCCUGCUGAAGCUGCAAUUCAUUGUGACCUACAUUGCUCCGUGGCAAAUAACUUGGGGCUCCGCCUUCCACGCCUUCGCCCAGCCGUUCAGUGUGCCCCACUCGGCAAUGCUGUUCCUGCAGGCGGGCAUCUCGGCGCUGCUCUCCACCCCGCUGAAUCCCUUCCUGGGCAGCGCCAUCUUCCUCACCUCGUACGUGCGUCCCAUCAAGUUCUGGGAGCGGGACUACAACACGCGCCGAAUAGACCACUCGAACACGCGGCUCAGCUCGCAGCUGGAGCGGGAUUUAGGUGCGGACGACAACAACCUGAACAGCAUAUUCUACGAGCACCUGACCCGCUCCCUGCAGCACUCGUUGUGCGGCGAUCUGCUAAUGGGUCGCUGGGGAAACGUUAACCAAGGAGACUGCUUUGUUCUUGCCUCCGAUGAUCUCAACUGCUUGGUGCACAUCAUUGAGCUGGGCAACGGACUGUGCACGUUCCAGAUGCGCGGCCUGGAGUUCCGCGGCACCUACUGCCAGCAACGCGAGGUGGAGGCCAUCACUGAGGACGUGGAGGACAACGACGGCUGCUGCUGCUGCGAUCCGGGCCACCUGCCCCGACUGCUCAGCGCGAACGCCAUGUUCUCCACCCGCUGGCUGGCCUGGCAGGUGGUCGCCGCCCAGUACGUCAUCGAGGGCUACUCCAUAUCGGACAACUUGGCCAGUGCCACGCUGCAGGUGUUCGAGUACCGCAAGGUGCUCAUCACCUACUACAUUAAGAGCAUCAUCUACUACGUGGUGAGGAAUCCCAAGCUGGAGCAGUGGCUGGCCUCCGGUCCCAUCCAGGAUGCCCUGCAGCACACGCUGGGCCGCCAGUUCGUCGACCUGGAUCCCAUUUUCAAUUUCAAUUUGGACGAGGACUUUGACUUCCGGGCGAUGGGCAUUACGCGCUCCAGUUUUUGCUACGUGUACCUCAAGUGGAUCAACUACUGCGUGGAUAUGCGCCGGGAUGCUGCCUCCAUGGGAGCGGCUCCACCUGCGCAAGCAUCAGCGGCUGCUGGAGGAGCAUCCUCGGCCCCUGCAACGGCGGCUGCUGCCCCGCCGCCACCAGUGACGCCCGCGCACAAUGAUUCAAAGAGCACGCCCAACCUCUCGGCGCACGGUGGGUCAGCUGGUCCCGCUGCGGGCCAGUCCAAGUCACAGUCGCAGCAGCAGUUGCGCCGGCCGCAGAAGAAUGUUGCCCAGGAGAGCAGCGGUGGAGGUGGAGGGGCUGGAGCAGGUGCUGCCACUGGCACAGGAGGUCCAGGCACCGUUGCCGGAGAUCCGCAGCUAAGCAGCUCGCACAGCUUUGCGAAUAUAUCCCGGCAAACUUCGGAGAGUGCCCCCGGACUGGGUGGCUAUGUGACCUACAUGGAUCAAAACGUGUUCGUCAAGCUGGCCAAGAGUAGCACUGCCACGGGAGCAGGAGCUGGAGCUCCGACUAGCCGGAAGGAGAGCCAGGAGAAGCCCGCACUCCGGCUGAAGCUGGCCAGCGUGGGCAAGGAUGCACCGCUGGUCUCCCUCUGCCUGGCCUUGGGUCUGCUGGCCAGGCGAUCACUGGCCACCGCCUCGCACAGUUCGCUGACCGGCGUUGAGUUCUUCCUGCACGGCCUGCACGCCCUCUUCAAAGGAGAUUUCCGGAUCACUUCGCCGCGCGACGAAUGGGUCUUUGCGGACAUGGAGCUGCUGCAUUCGGUGGUGGCGCCGGCCGUUAAGAUGGCCCUUAAGCUGCAGCAGGACCACAUCACCAACCCUGACGAGUUCUUGGAUCCUCACGCCCUGUACGAGGCCAUCGACAACUGUUCCAACGAGCUGGUAAUUUCGCACGAAGCCGAUCCAGUUUGGCGAAGUGCCGUCCUACGAGGAGCCCCCAAUCUACUGGCCCUGCGGCACGUGAUGGAAGACGGAUCGGAUGAGUACCGCAUCAUUCGGCUGACAAAGCGCUGUCUGAGCUUCCGGGUGAUCAAACUCAACCGGGAAUGCGUCCGUGGCUUGUGGGCGGGCCAGCAGCAGGAGCUGAUCUAUCUGCGGAACCGCAAUCCGGAGCGCGGCAGCAUCCAGAAUGCCAAGCAGGCGCUGCGCAAUAUCAUCAACUCCAGCUGCGAUCAGCCGAUUGGGUAUCCCAUCUACGUGUCUCCGCUGACCACCUCCUAUGCAGACACGAAUGCCCAACUGUGCGAGGUGAUCGGCGGCGCCAUCACACUGGACACCAUCAGGCACACGGUGCUGGGCUGGUGGCACCGCAUUCGCGAGCGCUGUCGCCAGGGCUGCAGCUCGGGAUCUGCGCUGGAACCGCAUCCGGGAUCGGGACCCGUUCUGCUUGCCGCCUGUAACUUUGGCAGCGGCGGCAGCGUCGUGGGAGCGGCAUCCACGGCCACGGGAGUGGGUGCUUCGGCGGGAUCUGGCCUGGGCGUGACUGCUCCCGGCACCGCCAGCAGCACGGGCGGCGAGUCCGGGGACCUGGCGCCCGUAUUUAUCUCUGCCCCGCUCUACAACACCCUCACCGUCAACCAAUACUACAACGUGCGCCAGGGAAAUGUUCCCGGCGGAGCCAUUCCCGCCAAUCUGGGCGGGAGCUAUGUGAGCGACAGUUUGGCAGUGGUGCGCGGAGGUCUGGCAGUGAUGCCCGCGAAACCCACCUCCACAACUCUAAUUGCCGGGCUGCUGAACAGAGAACGGGAUCAGGAAACUUCAGGAUCCGCAGGAGGAGGCGGAGGAGCAGGAGCCACCAGGGCCACCAGUAGUGGCGGCAUGCGCAGUCGGAGCCAGCUGCAUCAGCAAGUCGGCAGUAGUCGGGGCAGAGAUCACGAGCGCAGGGCCACCUUGCCCAUUGCCAGUGGUGGAACCGGCGCAGAGUCUGGAAAGGAUCUGGCCACACCUCAAACCCAAGUGGAACAUGAGCCGAGUCCGCGCAGCACCAAGCUCUCCUCUUCAUCGGGCAGCCUGGGCCUUGGAAUGGGCGUGGGCCUGGGCAACAUUAUCACCACGCCAGGGGAUUAUCCCCGGAAGACCAAGGGACCCAUUUGCCUCACCUCCGUCGAAACGGGAACGGGCGUAUCAGUGGCGGAGGGAAAGCCCGCUGGAUCGGGAACAGUAGCAGGAACUGGAGGAGGUGGCAUCAUCAGAAAGCCGCGCAUUGAGAUCUUCAAGAAGGUCAUCAUAGUUGAUGACACUGGGAUAUACGAUUGCCUGGACAUCAUUGAUGCCGUUGUGUGGCCCAGCGAAAGGAUGCGCAACAACGGCGGCAGGCUGUCCUGGAAGGACUGGGAGCCGAGUGCCGGGAUGGUGGGCCAUGUGGUCCACUGCUGGACGCCCAACCACAAGGACGUGCGCUUCCGUUCGCAUGUCAGCCGCUACGUCUAUCUGGUGGAGAUCGGUGAGCACUACGUGCCCGUGGAGGAGUUGGGCCUAAGGGAAUACAACCAGAUCAUGGGCAGCACCGAGGAGAUGGCCAACUCGCGACGCAGCUCCAUCCAGCGCGAGUUCCACGAGUACAAUAUGCUGCUGAAGCUGGCGGGUCUCACUCCGAUAAUCGGAGGCGGCGGAUCCUCCACGACGACAGCCAGCGAAGCCUCCAAAUCGCACAAGGCCAAGAUCCGAGCGGUGAGCAGCAGCAGCUCCGAGGACGAGGACACGUCCUCCAUGCGUUCCAUACUAUUGUCACACGACGAUCCUGGCGACCUGCCGAACUUCACCAGGGUGAUGAGCAUGUGGAAGGAGAUAAUAUCGGACAAUAACAAGCGGAGAUUCUACGAUAUGGGUGAGUUGUCGCCGGAGCUGCUCCAAAAGCUGGACGAUGCGGUCCAGCAGCAGCAGCAAGAGACGCCCGCUGCUGAGACGGAUGAGGAGGCAACCGCCACCGCCACCGCCACAGCCACAGUCACUGCCAAUGAAGGUGAAGAGGAGGUCAAGGAUAUAGAAAAGGAGCCAAAGCAGGAAGAGGAAAAGGAAGAGGAAGCAGUAGCAGUAGCAGAUCCCGAGGACCAGGCACCGCUGGAGGAGGUCACCGUUUCCCAGCCCGAGGAGCAGCCAGCUCCGCCCACACCUCCGCCCAGUCCCAUUCCCGCUGAGGCCAGCUCCACUUCCAGUGCCAACUCCCCAAGCUCCGCCUCUCUCAGCCAGGAGGAGCAGGAGGAGGCAGUCGAUCUAGACGAGAUCCCCGAAUCGGCCUCCGAGGAGCCGCCAAGCGAUGGGAAUGACGAAAGCGAGACGGGGACAACGGUCUAAGGGAUCACAAUGGACUUGCCUUUACAUAGAUUUGCAUUUGUUUGCCAAGCAAACACCCCGAAGGCAUGGACGCACACCCAGGUGGACAUGGACACAACCUUGUAAUACAUAUCAGCAAAGAGCAGAGAUUGAAGGUGAAGACGACGACUCUGCUCCGGGCUUCCGCACUGUGUGUCUCCUUGCAUGGGUGUGGCCCAAAUCCGAACACCGAUCCUGGCCAGAAAAACCAACAACAACAAAUGAGAACACUUCCAAGAAAUCAAAGUAAAGUUUAUAAAACGAC